UUCAAUGUAGAGCGACGCGUUAGUGGAGAAGCCCUAUUAGAGCCGCAGCCACACACGGAUCCAGAGGAGCGAGCGUGCGGCUGGAAGACACGCGCACAUCCGAAUUUAUCACCGAGCCGUGGGUGUUUCUAAGAUGAAGACAUCUUGAGGAUGGGCUGCACGCGUUUGGAUUAAAAGUCUGCAUCAGCGCGCGCCGUAGGAGGGACUUUUACCCACCAGCUGGAGCAGAAACACAUCGGAACCAGGGAGGAGGACAGAAGAUCUGGAGGCAUGUCGUCGGAAAAACACGGUCUCGAUGACUCUGGACGCCAGACCAUGCAGCCUCCUCCGUACCCCCCCGGCCAGCAGGACCCCAACGUGCCCCAGCACCCCAACAUGGCGCCCGCUCCGGGCACGCAGCCCAACUACCCCCCUCCGCCUCCUCCUCCGGGCUCGGAGGGGUACCUCCAGGAAACCCAGUUCCACUGCGCCCCUCUGGCCCCCCCUGGGGCCCCGCAGGGCUACACCGUCCAGACCCAGGGCCCCGGGGGCACCAUGCCGCCCGUAGGCUACCUCCACCCGGGCUACCCGCUGCAGCUGCAGCCCUGCACGGCCUACGUGCCCGUCUACCCCAUGGCGUCGGCUCUGUGUUUCUGCCCCGCUCAGGGUCAGCCCUACAUGCCGGCCGCGGCAGCCCACCCCGGGAUCCCGCCCAGCCAGAUCCAUCCCAUGCAGAUGCCGCCCAACAUCACGCUCAUGGACCGCCGGCCUCCUCACGACUACCUGCCCAUCGCCGUGCUCACCACCGUCUGCUGCUUCUGGCCGACGGGCAUCAUCGCCAUCAUCAAAGCCGUGCAGGUGCGCACGGCCAUAGCCAGAGGGGACAUGGUGACGGCGGAGAUCGCCUCCAGGGAGGCGCGCAACUUCUCCUUCAUCAGCCUGGCGGUCGGCAUCGCCUCCAUCGUGCUGUGCACCAUCCUCACCGUGGUGGUCAUCAUCGCCUCGCAGCACCACGACGACGACUGGGAGCCCUAAGCAUGGCGUGGAUGUGCCAGGAAGCCGCUCGAGGCCGAUCCGAGGAAGCAGGAGUGUUGAAAAUGCCUCUACACGCGCACGCACGCACGCACACACACACACGCACACACACACACGACUCCGGUCCGACCCGCUGCAAUCAAAGACACAGCCACCAAUCACAGCUGAAGUCCAAUCGCGAGCUCCGUGCGUUAACAAUUCGAUGAUUAAUUCAUGCGCCGCUCGACCCUCGCAGCUGCUCAAAUUAAACACAACCAGAUCCUACGACAGUCACGUGCACUUUUCAGCCGUUUAGGUUCACGUUGGCUCGUUUUCCGACCCGAUUCACACACUUGUGUUCUUGCAGAUGCACAGACUGUCAAACUGAUUUAAGCUAAUGGUCUGAGUGAUCAAUACACAUUUACCACCAAAUGGACAAAGUGACUGUCUGACCAAACACAGUAUUUAUUAUUAUUUUUUGUAUGUUAUUAAGCAUUUUAGCUGCGUGAGACGAUGCAUAACUUAUAAAAUGAUGUUUUGUCUGCUAUAAUUUAAAAUAUAUCACUCGUUCAUUUAAGCUGUUUGACACUUUGAAUUGGCUUCGUUUUCAUACACAAUGAUGAUAUUGCACUUUGUAGUAACCGGAUGACCGUUCAUAGUUCUUAUAGUGCAUGAUGAAUAUAAAUUUUAGGCUAAUGGGCUUUUAGUGCAAAGAUAUUUUGUCUCCCAGCUGUGGUGGGAACGGUUCCUGAAAUAUCUAUUAGUGUGUUGUACGGUACUUUCAAAAUGUGUGCAAACAAAAAAUUAACGAUUUAGAUGUUAAGUAUUUGAAUCUUAGGUAUGCAAAUAUUGUUUCCGCAGUAUUUUAGAAGGGUAUGGGCCUGUUUUGUGUUGCACAUUCCACUUAGACACGUGAGGCAGCGUGACCCUGCAUAUCACCCUCCGUGUGUCCCCGUCGUGUCUUGGAUCUAGAGGCGGGAUGUGCAGCUGUGUUCGCCGGAGCCAACAUGGCCGCCGCCGUGUGAGGCUGCUGGAGCUGCUGUGAAAAUGAAUGUUUCCAAUAUAAGAAAGGAAGAUAAUAUUAAUGCCUAUAUUGUACCGUAGCACUUUUGACUUUAUGAGAUUUCCUCCGUGGUUCUGUCGCCCUCCUGUCAACACGACUUACUCGUCUCAUCAACAUAUCUCUUCUGCUUCCCCCUCCUCUCUGUCGGUCCCAUAUUUCUAUUUUUAAAAGAAUUUACUGAUAAAAGAUAUAAAUAAUUAUAAAGAACAUGUUUCUCAACAGUUAGUGUAAAUACACUUUAUGCUGUAGUUCAUUCUGUUAUUAUUACAUCAGGACUGAUUGAUGUAUAAUAUUAUGUACAGUCAACACAUCUGGGCUUGUAUUUAUGAAACUGUCCUAAUUUACCACCAAUCACAGUAAUAUUUUUCAAAUGAUUCCUUUGGUGUGCACCAAUGAGCAAUAUCAGCUGCCUGAUCCAGUACAAACCUCUAACUCGUCAGUGCAAAAGUGAUUAUUAUUUGUUUAACAUGUCCAGUAACAAAAGCAGCAGUAUAAUUCCAGAUGUUAAUAUUAGUAAAAGUCAGUGCUUUUACUUUUAUCUCCUCUUUAAGCUCCUUGUUUGAUGAACACAGCUUGUGUCUGUAUAUAUUUGACACAGUGAUAUUCAAGUAUUUCAGGCGUGACUGAUGCGCUGUACUUCAUAGUAUUCUUACUGUAUUGGAGGCUUGGCUUAUGUAGUCUAUGAUGCAGAUCUUCCAGCUGGGAGACGUGUUCCUCAUGUUCAUCCUUUGUUGCGACUCCGACGCCUGGACAGCGGUUCGCUUGUUCAAUGAGCCGAGCCGUGUUUGUUACGGAGGCUGUGUUCGUAGCUGUGCUGCACAUGAGCAGUGAAUAAAAGCAUUGUUUCUUGGUUUGUGAA